AUGGCUGAGGACACAGAGGAAUCUGCAGGUAAGCAUGAUCAGCUCCUGAGUAGUCAGGUGUUUUGUGUCUAUGUGGCCAUAGGCCCGUGUGAGGUGGGGAAUGAGACUUUUGGAGACAUCAAUCUCACUCUCGGCUUGCUGAACAAAGAAGAUAACAUUAGCAAGGAAGACAUUUACGGUCAUCUCACUUCCGUUAUUCAGAAUUCCGACAUCUUGGAUGAUGCAAUUGUCCAAAGACUGAUUUUUUAUGCUUCUAAGGACAUGAGAGACAACAAUAUCCUCAGGGAAAUCAGAAUGCUAGCAGGUGAGGUGCUGGUGUCUCUUGCUGCACAUGAUUUCAACUCGGUGAUGUAUGAAGUACAAAGUAACUUCAGGAUCCUGGAGCUACCAAAUGAAUUCAUCGUGCUUGCCCUGGCUGAACUGGCAACCAGCUACGUGUCUCAGAGCAUCCCCUUCAUGAUGAUGACCCUGCUCACCAUGCAAACCAUGCUCAGGCUGGCCGAGGAGGAGAGGAUGAGGGGAGCUUUCUGUCUUGCCCUUGAGAAGUUCAGCAAAGCCAUUUACAAGUACGUCAACCACUGGAGAGACUUCCCAUAUCCCAGAUUGGAUGCCAACCGGCUCUCUGACAAGAUCUUCAUGCUGUUCCGCUACAUCAUGGACAAGUGGGCCCCCACGACCUCGCCCACGCAGACUUUGGCCAUCGUGAAGGCUCAUGGCCCCACAGUGAGCCUACUGCUCCAUCGGGAAGACCUCUGUGAAUACGCCCUGGGCCAGGUCCCCUGGCUCCUGAAGCAGUAUAAAGACAAAGAGAUUGAUUUCCACGUCACUCAGAGCCUAAGACAAAUAUUGACCGCAGCGGUCCUUUACAACGUUAUCCUUCCAAAAGCCUUGAAGAAAACCAUCUUUAUCAAUUUACUCCAGCAGGUGUGCAGAGUUCCAGAACCUCCAGUGAAAGAAAAUGAAAUCAAAGCUUCAAGCUGUUUCCUCAUUCUAGCGCGUUCCAGCCCUGCAGACCUGAUGGAAUUUUUUGAUGAACAAAUGAGAAGUAAUAAUGAAGCCAUUCGAGUGGGAAUCUUGUCUUUGUUAAGAUCGGCUGUCAGUGACGAGGAGCACAAGUUGAGAGAGCACAUCACUUCAAUUGAAAGAACAGUCAAAGUCGUCCUGGGUGACCUCAGUAUUAAAGUGAGGAAUUCCACUCUCCUCCUCAUCCAGACCAUGUGUGAAAGAUGCUACAUUGAAGCCCGGGAAGGCUGGCCACUCAUUGACUACAUCUUCUCCCAGUUUGCGAUGUCCAACAAGAAUCUGGAGAAACCAAUAAAACCUAAUUCUGAGGAGCAUGAAAUGGGAGAGAAAUCUGUCCGAGAAACAAGCCUGGAGGUUUUAAAAACCCUGGAUCCACUGGUCAUUGGAAUGCCUCAGGUGCUGUGGCCAAGAAUCCUGACUUUUGUGGUCCCUGAGGAAUAUACAGGAACUUUGCAAUACCUGUUUAAUAUCAUCAGAAUUCUGUUUAUGGCAGAGGAGAGGAAGAAGAAGAAUGCCAAGGAGUCAACAGCACUUGUGAUCUCUACAGGAGCUGUGAAACUUCCUUCACCACAACAGCUACUGGCCAGACUUCUGGUAAUAUCUAUGCUUGCCAGUUUAGGGAAUUUAUGUGGAGCUGGUGCCAUAGGACUCUUGAAGAUAUUGCCUGAGAUAAUUCACCCCAAUUUGGUAGAGCUGUGGAAUACACGCAUACCUGAGCUCCUGCAGCCUCUGGAAGGAAAGAACACUAGUAUUGUGCUAUGGGAGACCAUGCUGCUACAGUUGCUCAAAGAAUCAUUACGGAAGAUCAGUGACAUCGCCUGGACCAUUCAACUGAGUCGGGAUUUCAACCAGCAAAUGGACAGUUACGACAACACCUCUGUUGAGAAGAAAUUCCUUUGGAAAGCCUUGGGAACUACCUUAGCCUCCUGCCAAGAUACAGACUUCGUAAGCACACAGAUUAAGGAAUUUCUGAUUGCCCCAAACCACCUGGGGGAUCAACGACAGGGAACGACAUCCAUUUUAGGCUACUGUGCCGAGAACCACUUUGAAGUAGUUUUAAAAGUUCUUAAAACAUUCCAAGAUCGGGAAAAGUUUUUCAUGAAUCGAUGUAAGGGUAUUUUUUCAGGGAAAAAGAGCCUGACCAAGACUGACGUCAUGGUUAUCUACGGAGCCGUGGCCCUCCACGCUCCCAAGAGUCAGCUCCUCGCAAGGCUUGAUCAGGACAUUGUGUCCCAAGUCCUGUUUCUCUACGGCCAGUGCUCUCAGGUUCUGGGCGUGUCUGUGAUGAGCAAGGACAUGGAUCUGCAAAUGAGUUUCACAAGAAGCAUCACGGAGAUUGGCAUUGCUGUCCAAGAUGCUGAGGAUGGGAAAUUCAAGUUUUCCUACAAGGAAGUGCUGCUAGGUUACCUGCUAGAUUUCAUCAGGGAUGAGCCCCUGGACUCCUUAGCUAGCCCUGUUCGGUGGAAAGCCCUAAUCGCCAUCAGGUACCUCAGUAAACUGAGACCCCAGCUCUCACUGAAUGACCAUCUUAACAUUCUUGAGGAGAACAUUCGGAGGCUACUGCCCCUUCCACCUUUGGAAAAACUCAAAAAUGAGGGCGAGACGGACAAGGACAAGGAGCACAUUCAUUUUCUCUACGAAAGAUCCAUGGAUGCUCUGGGGAGGCUGCUGAGGACCAUGAUGUGGGAUACUGUGAAAGCAGAGGACUGUCAAGAAAUGUUCAAUCUUCUUCGGAUGUGGCUUGUUUCACAAAAGGAGUGGGAAAGAGAAAGAGCCUUCCAGAUCUCUGCAAAGGUGCUGACAAACGAUAUUGAGGCACCAGAAAACUUUAAAAUCGGCUCACUCCUUGGCCUCCUGGCUCCUCACUCCUGUGACACCCUGCCCUCCAUCCGCCAAGCGGCUGCUAGUUCGGCUAUAGGUCUGUUCUGCAUAAAAGGCAUUCACCUGGAGGUGGAAAGACUGCAGGAUUUGCAGGAAAGGCUGCAGUGUGACGAUGCGGAGAUCCAGAUCAAGAUUUCCUCUAAAAUAGCAAAGAUAGUCAGUAAGCUCAUCCCAAGUGAAGAAAUGCUGAUGUUCCUGGAGGAAACCCUAGAUGGUCUGGAGAGCCUCAACCCCACGUGUACAAAGGCCUGUGGCAUCUGGAUGAUCACUGCCCUGAAGGAGCAGGGAGCUACUUUGGAAGAUCAGCUGUUGGAAAUCUUGAGCAUAAUAUACCAUCACAUGCCGGUUCUCAGACAAAAGGAGGAAAGUUUUCAGUUUGUGCUAGAAGCCAUCUCCCAGAUAGCCAGCUUUCACAUGGAUGUCGUUGUUGCCAACCUUUUACAGAAGCCUCUGCCCUUUGACAGGGACACAAAGACACUGUGGAAGGCUCUGGCUGAGAACCCAGCCUCCAGUGGCAAACUCUUAAGAGCCUUAAUAGAUAAACUGGAGAAUGGGUUAGAAGAUGACCUGGCCGGGAUAGAUGCAAUUUCCGUGGCCUGUGCCAUGCAUGAGAUGGUGUCGACGGGCACCUCUGUCACAAGCUUGUACCCAGAGCUGUUCGUUCUUCUCCUGAAGCUGGUCAGCUGCACACUGGGCCAGACCAUGCCCACUUCGACCUUAAGCCACAGGCGGCGGGUGAUGCCAGGGGAGCGGCAGCAGAUUGCAGACCCCUGCAGGCUCUCGACUAUGACUCUGAAGUGUGUGCAGGCCCAGGCCAUGCGAGAAGGUUUUGCCAAAGAAUCUGACGAGGGGGACAAUGUUUGGACACUCCUCAGCAAUCCCAGUACCCACCACAUAGGAGUCUGUGCACUGGCCAGGAGCAUGGCAGUGUGGCAACACGGGGUCAUUCUGGACAUCAUGGACCAACUUCUCUCAUCCCUGACCUCCUCCUCGGAGAACUACCGGAUAACGGGCACAGCUUUCUUCUCUGAGCUCAUGAAGGAGCCAAUCCUUUGGAAGCACUGGCAUCUCCGGGACGUGUUGAUCCUGAUGGAUCAGAGUGCCUGGGACUCCAACGCCAUCCUGAGGCAAAUGGCCAUUCGGGGGCUCGGGAAUACGGCUUCCGGGGCCCCUCACAAGGUGAAGAAGCAUAAGCAGAUAAUACUAGAAUCCGUCAUCAGAGGUCUCUAUCACCUGGCCCGCACCGAGGUUGUCUGUGAAAGCUUGAAGGCUCUAAAGAAGAUCCUGGAGCUGCUCACAGACCGGGAUGUGAGCUUCUACUUCAAAGAAAUAGUGCUGCAAACAAGAACCUUCUUUGAAGAUGAGCAGGAUGAUGUGAGACUGACUGCCAUCUUCUUAUUUGAGAAUCUGGCAUCCCUAACAGGAAGAAGGUGGAAGAUUUUUUUUGCUGAAGAAAUAAAAAAGAGCAUGGUUUCAUUCCUUCUCCACCUCUGGGAUCCCAAUCCCAAGAUUGGAACUGCUUGCCGUGAUGUCCUGAUCAUCUGCAUUCCUUUUCUGGGUCUCCAGGAACUCUACGGGGUGUUAGAUCAUCUCCUUGAUGGUCAGGAUCUACCGAGGGCCAGGGAUUUCUAUAGGCAAUUCUGUGUGAAGCUGGCAAAGAGAAAUCAAGAGAUCCUAUGGAUCCUCCACACGCACCUGUUCACCUUCUUCAGCAGCACCUGGGAGAUGAUCAGGAGCGCGGCCGUCAAACUCACAGAUGCCAUUGUUCUCAAUUUGACCAACCAAUAUGUGGAGUUAUUAGACAGAGAGCAGCUGACCACACGGCUCCAAGCGCUUCGGCAAGACCCCUGUAUCAGUGUCCAGAGAGCAGCUGAAGCUGCCUUGCAGACCCUCUUGAGAAGGUGUAAAGACAUAAGCAUCCGUCCAUAAGCCAUCAGGAAAUAAACCACUAGGCUUUUUCUA